CAAGCAGUUGAGGAGGUUUUAUUGCGAUGGAACCAGCAGUUCUUGCAAUCUCAAACAAGGUUUCUGGGGUUCUUCUCAUCGUUGUUCUUUUGUUGAAUUGUUUCGCAUUGUUAAUAUCGGAAGCCCAAAUCUUACCAGAUGAAGAAGUACAAGCACUGAGAAGCAUAGCGACGAAAAUGAAGAAUAGGUAUUGGAACGUGAGUUCAAGUUCCUGCAGUGGGGGUGGAGGUUUAAACGUGACCAUUAAUAGCCCUGACUACUGGAGCAAGAGCAACGUCACUUGUAACUGCAACAACACUCUUUGCCAUAUCACAAAUAUUCAGCUAAGGGGGUUGAAUCUCACCGGAGUUUUACCUGAAGAAUUCGCUGAUCUUCCCUAUUUGCAAGAAAUAGACCUAGCCCUAAACUAUCUGAAUGGAUCAAUUCCUACUCGUUGGGCUCGGAUUCCUCUCGUCAUCAUCUCUCUUUUGGGAAACCGCAUCUAUGGAUCAAUUCCUAAGGAGAUUGGGGGCAUCGCUACGCUGGAGGAGCUGGUCUUGGAAGAUAACCAACUUGAAGGAACCCUUCCUCCAGAGCUUGGUAAUUUAUCACGGUUGAGGAGAUUCAUUGUUUCUGCGAACAAUUUCACAGGAAUUAUACCGGAAACAUAUGGCAACCUUACUAGCUUGGAAGUAUUUAUGAUAGAUGGGACUGGCAUCUCUGGGAAAAUCCCUUAUUUCAUUGGGAACUGGACUAAACUUUCUAGACUUGAUAUGCAGGGCACGUCCUUGGAGGGCCCUGUUCCUUUUCAUAUCUCCCUCUUGAAAAACCUAACUGCACUGAGGGUAUCUGACCUUGAUGGGUCAAAUAUGAGUUUUCCUUUCCCUGACUUGCGGAAUCUGACAAAUAUCUAUGAAUUGGUACUGAGAAAUUGUUCUCUUAUGGGUCCAAUCCCAGAAUACAUUGGAAAACAGAUGCCAGCUUUAAAAACUCUAGACCUGAGCUUCAACAGGCUGAAUGGUCAAAUCCCAGAUUUUCAGAGUUCAGCGAAUCUGCAAUACUUGUUUCUCACUAACAAUUUGGUGACUGGAGAAGUACCAGAUUGGUUAUUUACAAAAGACAAAAUAAGAAUUGAUUUAUCCUACAACAAUUUUACUGGAUACGCCUCACAACCCAGCUGUGCACAACAAAAUACUGUGAACACAAUUGCCAGUUAUUCAUCUUCAGAAGAUAACUCAGUCGCUUGGUGCUUGAAGAAGGACCUCCCUUGCUCUGGGAAACCUAAAUACCAUUCAUUGUUUAUCAAUUGCGGAGGCCCGUUGAUUGAUUUUAAUGGGGAAGAGUAUGCAGAUGAUUCACAACCUAAGGUGGAGGGUGCAUCAUACUUCUAUCCUACUGACAGAUGGGCUUCUAGCACUACAGGAACCUUUUUGGAUAGAAACAAUCCUCAGUACUCGACCACAAACACAUCAGUGUUGAAGAUGACUGAUCCAUCCAUGUAUAUGACAGCUCGCAUUGCUCCUGUCUCACUAAGAUAUUAUGGCCUCUGCUUACGAAGUGGUAGUUAUACAGUGCGGCUCCACUUUGCUGAAAUAAUGUUUACAGAAGACCAGACAUACAGCAGCCUUGGUGGGCGCAUAUUUGAUGUAUUAAUCCAAGGAGAAAUACUUUUGAAGGAUUUUAAUAUCGCAGAGGAAGCUAAAGGGGUUGGUAAGAGCAUCAUUAAGGAAUUUAACAAUGUUAUUGUCAAUGGAAGUACUUUGGAGAUCCACCUCUACUGGUCAGGAAAAGGGACUGCUGGAAUUCCCAGUAGAGGAGUAUAUGGACCCCUAAUAUCGGCUAUUUCAGUGACGCCAAAUUUUGACACAAACACUGGACUAUCUGUUGGAGUUAUUGUUGGUAUCAUUGCUGCUUCAUGCGUUCUCGUAGCAUUAAUUUUAGUAAUCCUUUGGGUGAAAGGUUGCUUGGUAGAGAAGGAUCUCGAUAACAAAGCCCUAGAGCUACAAACAGGUCACUUCAGUUUGAGACAGAUUAAAGCUGCAACUGGGAAUUUCGAUGCUGCAAAUAAGAUAGGCGAAGGUGGGUUUGGACCUGUUUAUAAGGGUACACUAUCAGAUGGUAAGGUUGUUGCUGUCAAGCAGCUGUCCUCCAAGUCCAAGCAAGGGAACCGUGAAUUUUUAAAUGAAAUAGGCAUGAUCUCUGCUUUACAACACCCAAAUCUCGUAAAGCUUUAUGGAUGUUGUAUUGAAGGAAACCAGCUAUUAUUGAUUUAUGAAUAUAUGGAAAAUAAUAGCCUAGCUCGUGCACUAUUUGGUCGUGAAGAUCAAAGGAUGAACUUAAACUGGCCAACAAGGCAUAAUAUUUGCUUGGGGAUAGCACAAGGUUUAGCUUAUCUUCACGAAGAAUCAAGACUGAAAAUUGUCCAUAGAGACAUAAAAGCAACUAAUGUGCUACUUGACAAGGAUCUUAAUGCUAAGAUUUCGGACUUUGGUUUGGCUAAACUUGAUGAAGAGGAGAACACCCAUAUCAGCACCCGAAUAGCUGGAACUAUAGGAUAUAUGGCCCCUGAAUAUGCAAUGAGGGGUUACUUGACAGACAAAGCAGAUGUUUACAGCUUUGGAGUAGUUGCGCUAGAGAUUGCCAGUGGGAUGAGCAAUACAAAUUAUAGGCCAAAAGAGGAUUUUAUAUACCUUCUUGAUUGGGCUUAUGUUCUACAGGAGCAGGGAAAUCUGCUAGAACUUGUUGAUCCAAUUCUCGGUUCAAACUACUCCAAAGAAGAAGCAUUGAGGAUGUUGAAUUUAGCUCUCUUAUGCGCCAACCCUUCCCCUUCUCUCAGGCCCAUUAUGUCUGAAGCAGUGAGCAUGCUAGAAGGCAAAAUUGCGGUUAAAGCUCCUCUUGUGAAGCGUAGCUCCACGACCGAGGAUUUGAGGUUUAAGGCCUUAGAAAGGUUUUCAUUGGAAAACCAAACGCUUUAUUCAACCACUUCUCAAGAAAGUCUUGUGCAAAGUGGCCGAUCAACGUAUGGGCUAAGGAUUGAUUCUUCUAUCUCUAUUGACUCGGACCUUUAUCCCCAAAACAAAGAAGAGACCCAAAGCAUUUCCGCAACAAGCAAGCUUCUCUCUGAUCUCGAUUGA